AUGCACCGGAUGCUCACAGACGACAGACUCUACCGGGUCGAUGCCGACCUCCUCAUACCAGGAAAGGGGGACCCAAUCCCCCACGGUGCCGUUGUAUGGCAAUGCAAAACCAUACGCUACGCAGGACCCCGGUCAGGGGUCCCCACAGAGUUUCAAGGGGCCACAACAACCCAUGUUCCUGUCGUAAUGCCGGGGAUGUGGGAUUGCCACAUUCACUUCCUGGGCGCCACAGCAGCAACUAUGAAUGCGAUCGUCGAUACGCCACAAGCUCUGGCCGGUGCUCGGAGUGUGCCGGAUCUACACGCCACCGUUAUGGCCGGAUUUACCUCUGUGCGUGAGGUCGGGGGUUACGGGUGUGAUCUCGCGAAGGCUGUAGGGGAGGGGCGAAUCCCUGGGCCUAAUAUAUACUCCAGUCACUCUGCCAUAAGCAUGACUGCGGGACACGGUGAUGUCCACGGCGUGCAUAGGGACUCGCUGCUUGACCUGUGCGCGCACGGCUUACCGUUGACAAUUGCUGACGGCGUACCCGAGUGCCUGCUAGCGGUACGGAAGCAGUUGCGCCGGGGUGCAAAAGUCAUAAAGGUCUGUGCUAGUGGAGGGGUCGUGAGCGCUAUCGAUGACCCGCAGCACCAGGAAUUCUCCUUCGAGGAACUGAAAGCAAUCGUCGAUGAAGCGGCGCGGGCACGCCGCGUUGUUGCUGCUCAUUGCCAUGGUAAAGCGGGUAUUAUGAAUGCAUUGCGCGCUGGAUGUCGCACGAUCGAGCAUGGCAGCUUCCUGGAUGAAGAGGCCGUUGGGCUGAUGAAGGAGAAGGGUGCAAUCUUAGUGGCCACCCGCAGUGUCAUUGAGAGUGGUCUGGCAAUGAAAGAUCUCUUUACCCCGUCAUCCUAUCAGAAGCUCCUCGCAGUCGCUGAUGCACACAGAAAAGCGUAUCAACUUGCUAUUUCGAGAGGUGUCACGAUAGCCCUUGGCACCGAUCAGUUUAUCAGCUCGGAUAAUCCGAUGAUAGGCUAUGGUCGUAAUGGACAUGAAGUGAGUCUUGGAUCCGGGGCUCGAUGA